AUGAGUUCACCAUCGAUUUCGCCCAGAGUGCCGGAUAACUCGGACAUCAUCACCUCGCUAAGACGGGUGACUUCACUUGCUGGUAGAAAUUCUGUCAACGUAGUCUCCUCCAGACCGAUUACGCAGAUCGUCACGUCCAAGACAUGGGUGCUACCGCCAAGACCAAAACCAGGACGCAAACCAAGUUCGGAUAUUCCAUCUACAAAGCGUAAAGCUCAAAAUAGAGCGGCACAGAGAGCUUUCAGGGAGAGACGUGCCAAUAGAGUGGGCGAAUUGGAACAGCAGCUUAUGGAGUUAGAGCGCGAUAACAGCGUCAAGGAAGGAGUACUCUGCAAUACCGUUAAAACGUUACAAUCUGAGAACUGUGGACUUAAAAAGCAAGUCGAGGAGAUGAAGAAUACUAUUUCACGGUUGACUGAUGAGGUUAAGAGUUUAACGCAAGAAAAGUCGAAGGCUGUUCAUUCGGAUCCCGUGAGUCCUGCAGAAUACCACGUAAGUGCUAAGAGACGUAAGGGUAGUGGUGUUCGAAGCAUGAACAACUCCAGUUUAUCUGUAUCAUCGGAUAGCGAGCCAUUAACUCCGCCAAGAACCGAGACUCUUUCGAAAAGCCAUAACAGCACAGAGAUUGCAGAGGCUGCCUCUGUGAUGAUAAACUUUAAAAAUUCUGGCAGCGUGCCGUCUUCUCUAUCCGUUAAAACAGAUAAAUGUGGCCUAUGUUCACGCGACGAGUGUAUGUGUAAAGACGCUGGACUCAGAGAGUCAAGAAACUCAUCAGGGUCGUUAUCGGAUAUAUUAAACGGCUUCAAGCCGAUGGCUGCUGUACCAUUAAAGUCGGGCACCUCAUCUGAAAUAGAUUUCACUACAAAAUCGAAGUCAAAUUUGAUGAGAAAAAUGCCUACAUUAUCGAAUGUUGUGUCUGCCGUAAAGGCCUCUUCGAUGUCUUCUUCAUCUACAUCCUCGUCGUCUUUUCUUGACCACGCGGCGGCAAAUUCCAGCGACGGUGUCAACUAUGAAGAGUCUGUAAUUUCUCCUGACGAAAAGUGUGGUUUCUGUUCUGAGGAUACUCCCUGUCUAUGUCGCGAGAUUGCUGAACAGAAGAAGUUGAGAGAUGACUCCAAAAGCAAGUCGUCCCUAGAGGCUUUGUCUUCUUCUAUUCUGUCCCCAGAACGCCUACAGCAGAUUAAGAAACAGAUAGCUAUGUGUACAGGAAGUCCAGGUUCUUGCCCCCAGUGUCAGAAGGAUCCGAUGUCUACAUUAUUCUGUACAACCAUUGCUGCAACUUCCGGAGUGCGUUUUCAGGAAGCUCCGGUACUCAGGAAAAGCAAUGGCAAGAACAAGGCAGGAACCAUACUUCCUGCACCUCGAGCUUUGAUCGAGCAAAAAAAGAAUGCUGAUAGAUCUCAAAUUCCAUCUUUGGUGGAACUAGAGCUCAGUAAUCCUGGUAAGCAUUAUGUUCCAUGUGCAGAUGCGUACAGGACUUUGAGUCGACAUGCGAACUUCAGAAGAGCUGGGUUGAGCAGUGUUAUCAAUAACUUGAAUACAAAUGGAAUGUUUGUCGAAGUUGAAAGUAUUGUUAAAUGUCUUCGCCAAUUGGAUAGUCAGUUUGGAAGCAACUGA